GAACGAAUUGCUUGAUUAUUCAUAAUAAUUGUUGGAUAUUUCAAUUGUAAAGAGAAAACUAAGAAUAAUAAUUUAUCUAGGUUGAGCGGCGAUACUCCAAGUGACUGAUCUGGAAUUCACGAAUAUUUUGACAUUAAAUUAUUGCUGGUGGCUGACUGAACGCUGUUUAUUUCUGAUCAAGAGAAGAAAUUGAGAAUAUUCAAGAAUUCUUCAACUAUGGGAGGGUCCGGGUCAUCUUCCGCUGAUAUUUUCAUGAGUGAUAGGUCUUCACCGAAUUCUGAGACAUGGGAAGCCCGUUGUCAUAAAAUCAGGUUAAACACAGCUGACAUCAACUUGUUGGUAUUAGAUUACUUGAUCAUUCAGGGAAAUGAACAAGGAGCUCGUACUUUUGCGUCUGAGGCUGGAAUUGAAGACUACUUUAUUCCCGGAAGUAUCCGAGAGCGGAUGGAAGUUUGUGAAUUAAUUCGUGAAGGGUCUAUCAAUUCGGCAAUUUAUCAGCUUAAUGAACUAGAUCCUGAGAUUCUUGACAAAAAUUCUGAGCUUCUAUUUGAACUUUUGCGCUUAAAGCUUAUAGAGCUAAUUCGUGAAGCCAUGAAUCGAGACGAUGCUUCAGACGCUACGAUCGAGAAAUGUCUGACAUUUGCUACUGAAAACUUGGCUCCAAUUGCACCUUUAAAUCCUUCUUUUCUUACUUCACUUGAGUUGACAAUGUCUUUGCUUUGCUUUCCACCCGCUUCUUAUACACCGGCACUAAAGAAUGCGUUGGAUCCUUCCCAGCGCGAACGUGUUGCAAAUCUGGCAAACUUGGCGAUGCUCAAAUCUCAAGGUUUGCCGAAUGAAUCUCGGUUACUUGCCCUAGUCAAUUUUGAAAAUUGGUGUAGGAAACAAGCAGAAAAGCAGUCUGUUCACGUUCCUCCUUUUGCUACAAAUCCCUUAUGAUUACCCUUUUUUAUGAUCGUAUCUGCAUAAUCACUAUAAUAUAUAAAAUUACAAAGCUAUUAUGAAUGUUAAAUGGAUUUACAAUCUAGUAUAUGAGCGUUAAUAAAUGAAUUAUAGUUAACAAAAAUGGCUAUCUAGAAAAGGGUAUAAAAAGAAAAUUAAAUGAUUGAUGCUGCA